ACCAGUUCCACUAUAAAAAGUAAGCGAGCAUUUCAUGGUAGGACAUAGAGAAUCAAGCACCAAACCCUGUUUUCAGCAACAAUGGCGGUCACACAAGGCAAAUGGGUCAAGUUGAACCAAAAAGGAACUGGGCCUGGUGCAAGAAGUUCUCAUGCAAUCACCAUUGUUGGAGAAAAAGCUUAUGCCUUUGGUGGUGAGUUCAAGCCCCGUGUCCCUGUCGAUAACACCCUUUACGUCUUCGAUCUUAACGAGCUUACGUGGUCUGUAGCGGAAGUAACCGGUGACAUCCCCCCACCACGAGUUGGUGUCACAAUGGCUUCCAUUGGCGGCACCAUAUACGUGUUUGGUGGUAGGGACGCCACACACGCAGAACUCAAUGAGCUCUAUUCUUUCGACACGUGCACAAACAAGUGGUCUCUACUCUCGAGUGGGGACACUGGGCCCGCUCAUCGUAGCUACCACUCGGCAGCCACCGAUGACCGCCGUGUUUAUGUGUUCGGUGGCUGCGGUUUUGCUGGUCGGCUCAAUGAUUUAUGGGCAUACGAUGUUGUCGACAAAGUGUGGGCCAAGUUUCCGUUACCUGGAGAUAAUCUCAAAGGUAGAGGUGGGCCUGGGCUUGUGGUAAGUGGUGGGAAGAUCUGGGUGGUGUAUGGUUUUGCCGGUAUGGAGGUCGAUGACGUACAUUUCUUCGACCCGACUACCGAAAAGUGGGUCCAGGUUGAGACCACAGGUGAGAAGCCUACACCUAGAAGUGUGUUUUCAACCGUUGCGGUCGGGAAGCACGUAUUCGUAUGUGGUGGAGAAGUGGACCCGAGUGAUUUAGGUCACUUGGGUGCGGGCCGGUUCACGCAAGAUGUCUAUGCAUUGGACACAAAUACGCUUGUGUGGAAGCGGGUUGAGGAUGGAUCCGGCGGCGGAGAUCACCCGGGUCCACGAGGGUGGUGUGCGUUUUCCAGCGGGAGGCGGGAUGGCAAAGAGGGGUUGUUGGUGUACGGCGGCAAUUCGCCGAGCAACGAUCGGUUAGAUGACAUUUACUUUUUUACCCCUUGCUUAGAUUAAUCACAAAUAAAACCAACCUUCAUGGUUGGUAUCUUCAUCAUGUAUGUAAUGAGGGCAUUUGUGGAAAGGUGUGCAGAAAUAAAUUUGACUCCUGAAUUGGUCAUGGUUGAUCAUUUGGUGGGAGGUAAAUAGUGAAACACUUCAUGUUUUUAUUUUGUGGUAUGUAUGAUGUAAAAAAGAAAAUAAAAAU